UUCUUCUUCAUCCUUUUCCAUCACCGACCUCUCUUCCGAGCUCAUUCUCCUCUCUCUCUCUCUCUCUCUCUCUCUCUUCGUCUGAAGGUGACGUAGUCCGGCGAGUAGCGAGGGAUCUCUGGCUGUCGUCGACUUCUGGUAGGCAUUUGCUUCAUGAAAUCAACUAGUACGAAUUUGUAAUCCAUCAAGAAGUGCUACGUUUAGAUUUCACAAAGAAACUCUGAUAAAGAGUUUUGUAAUUUGCUCGUUAGUUCCAAUAACCUGGGCUGUAAUCUGCUGAUGACUCCAAAUUAUGAUGAAUACGCUUGGGAUAGACACAGAAAGGGGAAAGAAAGUAAGUCGAUUGAUGCUGAUUUGUUGGGCUUUUCUGAGGGUUGUUCUGAUUUAUCAAAUACCAGCAAUGUAUCUGCUGAGGCUUCACCUAAAACAAAUGGUUCUGCCUAUAAAAGAAGGAAGUUACAUGGGAAUUCUGUUGCCCUUCUGUCAGAAGAAAUUACGAAAGAUACAACUCCUACAGAACUAAGCUCCUGCAGUUAUAAGCUGCGUUCUCGUCGCAAAUGCCUCACAGAAAAUAAGCAUAAUCUGUGUGUGGCUCCUGCCAAUAUAAAUGGUCGUUCCAUAGAUCCUCUUGCUAAAGUGUGUGUUGAGGCAUCUAAUGGUAAGUGUUCAUCAUCAGAAGGCAAUGUGGAAUGUAGUUUAUCUUCUGCAAACAUAAAGAGAGAAGUGAACGAUGAAGGGGAUUCAUCCAUUACUAUCAAAGAAUCACUUGGGGAGUUCUCCUCUGCAAAGGACUUGUGCAUAUUUGUACUUAAAAGGUAUGGUCUGCUGCCGGAAGGAUGGAAACCAAGGGCAUGGCCUUUUGAAGUUACAUGCUCUGACAAUGUCAGUCCUUCUCAGCCAUGCAAAAUAUGCGGGCAUUUGGAAGAUCCAUUGAAGAUGCUUAUUUGUGAUGGCUGUGAAGAAGCAUUUCAUCUAUCUUGUUGCAACCCCAAAGUAAGGGAGCUUCCGUGUGACAAAUGGUAUUGUCAACCUUGUUUCAGAAAGAAACCAAAGCCCUUGUUGCAAGCUUUUACGGAAAUGCCAUUUAAUAUAACGAGUGGAAAAUAUGGCUGUAGAGGACGACCUUACAAGGAUCUGAUAUUGGACAUGUUAAAAGACACCCACCCAUAUGCUACUGAUGUCCGAAUUGGAAGGAACUUUCAAGUCGAACUCCCAGAUUGGUUGGGCACAAACUCCAUUGAUAAUGAAUACUUUGGCAAACCAUCUGAAAUGGAUCCUACCAAAUUCACUGACAUGAGUGGAUGGAUUUGUAGAAAAGCAAAGUCUUUUGGUAAUUGGAUUCAGUGUAAAGAGGUCGUAGACACUGAAGAAAAUGGUCGGAAGAACAUUUGUGGAAAGUGGCGAAGGGCUCCUCUUUUCAUAGAACAAACUGAGGACUGGGAUUGUUCUUGUGCUGUUACUUGGGAUCCAAUACAUGCUGAUUGUGCUGUUCCGCAGGAGCUGGCGACGAGUGAAGUACUGAAACAGUUGAAAUUUGUCGAAAAGGUUAAUGCCCGUCUCGCUGCUGGAAAGUUGCAGAAGGUCAAUGAAAAAUGGCCUCGGUCAUCCUAGUAUCCAUCCCAUGAACGCAGAAGGUUAAAAUAGGUUCAUGCACAUUUAGACCAUAUCGCACUUCCAUAUUAAGAAUCACAGGAGUUUCUGUCUAUACCCAUUUCAGAAGGUUUUAUUGAUCCCAUCAUUGGAACGUUUUUGUCUCUCCUUUCGUAUUCUUUUGCGAGCAAAGCCACGCCCUACCUGGGUUGGGUUUGCUCAAGCGUCGACCCAGUUCCAAGCUUACAGAGUCGCCAUUCGUGUAUGUAGUUUUGUAAUCAACUUAAAAAUGGAUAGAAAUUGGAAACACGGUUUUAUGUCAUUAUGUGGAAAAUAUGAGCCAGAAACAUAUGAAAAUGUAUUUGAUCCCACUUUGACUA